CCGGUUUACGUUGCCUUGUGGGAUACGGUAUCGACUGACAACAAUGUAAACUAUUUGACACCGAGUUAUCAUAGUGAUACAGUAUUCUCGGUUAUUGUUUUAUGUUGGGUUUAAUAGUUAGAAUUUUAUUUUGAUCUUGCAAACUCUGGAUUCAAUCAAAGGAGGACGUGGAAGGGCUAAAAUGCCUCAGAGUGAGAGUGAAAUGGAAGAAUUGGACGAGGCUCAACUUGAAGAACUGUACACAUGGAUUGAUGAGAUACAAUUGUCACGACCAAAACGAAACAUGAACAGAGAUUUCUCUGAUGGAGUGCUAGUUGCUGAAGUUGUGAAACAUUUCCUACCACAUAUUGUGGACCUCCAUAACUACCCACCGGCCAACUCUUCACAGCAGAAAUUAUCCAACUGGUACAUGUUGAACAGGAAGGUGUUUGACAAGAUGAACUUCCAGUUGUCGGAGGACGUGAUCCGCAGCGUGGCGGGAUGCAAGCCGGGCGUCAUAGAGAAGGUGAUGUUGAUGGUGAGGACGAAGAUCGACCUUGCCAGACAUCAGAUCCACAAGAACAAGCAGAUGGGGGUGGGACCGGGCCGAAGUUCUGGACUCAGCAGUGACAAGCCAGAGGUUGACCAGAACAUGGCCAUGUUGCCACCAGCAGUCCGCCUCCCCAAGGCCAGGACAGGUCCCGGUGUGGCGGCCAAUGCAGGGCCGUACAAGGGGUCAAAGGGCAAAGGUUUCAUGGACAAUGAUGUCGUCCCUCGAAUCUUACUUGAGGAGAAGGAACAGGAAUGUUUAGCCAAAGAUGAAACGAUACAGAUACUGCAAGCCAAAGUACGCCGUCUGGAACAUCUGAUUCACCUGAAGGACAUCCGCAUCGACGACCUGCAGAGCAAAAUUGAGGCCACACGACCCACGGGGAGGAGAUGAGGUCGGCCCCAGCGGAGCAGAGCUGAUCACAGGUCCACCUGUCACAUGGGAGUGGGUGGGGAGGGGUUCGGGCGGGUAAGGGCAGGUGGUAGUAGGGGUCACAUGUUGAUAUUUAUAUCUGAUUUUAAAGAUUUUCUGUUGAUUAUACAUUUUAGUAUUAAAUUCUCACAUUGGUCACCUUGAUGAGUAAACUAGGGGAGCACCCUUUGUAGAUACACAUAUGUGUGCUUAUUACAUUUAUUUGCAUUAGGGACAGAGUUGUCUCCCCUGUGUUCCCUUGGGCACUCUCGGAGAUUUGAUCACUGUCCUUUACUCAAUAAAGACUAUUGUCUGAUGUUUUAUUUUUAUAUGACGGUGAUAUAGUAGGGACAGAGUGGUCUCCUCUAUCUUACUGAACAUUCAAAGAGAUUUGAUCUCUUAAAAUGUGAUAUAUUUGUUAUGGAUGAAAUGUAUAUCUUAGUCAUGUAAGGUUUGAGUUAUAUCAGAUAUGCAUUUAACUAGAAUGUUAGUAAUAUAUAUCUUGAAAAUAUGAAGGAUAUUCUUGAAUAGGUUUGUAUUUUUGCAAACCAUAUCAGAGAAUUUUCAGAAGACAACUGUGUUAUUUUGAAUGGGAAAUAAGACAAUGGUUAAGAUAUUGUUUUUGUCUUUAGACAUUCCAAAUCAUAGUAAAGAUAUAUCUAUAGAAACUUGUUGAUUUCCAUGGUAAAAUAUAUCAAUAUAUAUCAAUCAAUGUUGAUAGGAUUGUAAACAUAAAUUUGAAUUCACUUUGAUAAAACUGUACUUAUAUUUGAAAGUGUUGUUAAGAUGGUGUGUGGAAGUAUUUUUUAAGUAUUUUUGGAGAAUUUGCCAGUGUGUUGAACUGUUGCAUGCAUAGCAGGACUCGACAUUCGACACUUCCACUGACUUUGUAUUUUGAGCAGUGUAACCAAUCACAAAUGAUUGCUGAAUUUUGUAAACAUCUGAUUGGAUGGUGACCAAUCACAGACAGCCAAUCAAACACUCUCCCAGUGAACUGAGAAUACAUCUAACACUUGUAUACUGAACAUGUUUUUACGAAUUGACCCAGGAUCCACAAUGGCCCAGUAAAUGUUCUUGUUGACCUCACAUUUGCCUGCAUUUUGUCUGUCUUGAUGGUUCAUGUGCCUGUUUAUACUAGGUUAGAUCUGUUCUACCUACUUAAGUGUUUUACUAAACAAUAAUGAAAGGGUCAGUUCAUAUAAAAUAGAAAAAUGUUGACUUUUUGUGGAGACUUAAUGUGUAAAUAUCAAAUUAAAAUGCCAAAUAAAAUGUACAAUGUUUUAUUUAUAUUUUCAAUUUGAACUCAUAAUUGAGAAAGUUCUUAUAGGAUUAGAAAAAUAAUAAGUCUGGUUUGAUAUCUUGUGUUGACACAUCCCUCUGCACCACAUCUUCCCGAGGCAAGAGAGUUAACUGACUUUAAAAGUCCAGUUUCCACCCUUGCCGAACAAGGCUGGAAUUUCUGGGCUCAAUCGUAGCGCCACCAGUGGCUAUUACCAGUUAUGUCAUUU